AGUCGUAGACGUGACAUCGCUGAUGCGACAGAAUGGUCCCUAAGCUUUUCAUCACUGGCUUAACUUUACUGGUAACUUUUAUUCUGAAUUUUAACGGUGUUAAAUCGCAACAGAGAGUUCUAAGUGCGCCAGUAUAUGGAAAAGUUGGAGAAUUGGAAGUUUUUUGCCCGAGCGGUUUCCGGGUAACAAUUCCAGCAGAAACUGGUACUUCUGCGGGUUUCAAAGUUACGCACUUCAGUAAAGGCUACCUGAAAGCAAUUGUAUCGAUUGAAGAUCUGAGCCCGAGAAAUGGUUUAUUCAUAUUUGAGGACAGUACACCGAAUAUUACCAUCGGAGAUAAGAUUUCAUUGAACAUAAGCUUAGCUACAUUUGGACAGGAAAAGGACUAUAUAUUGGAUACAACCGUUGUAGGUGGUAAAAAUUCUCAACCGCUAGCUGAAUGUAUGCCAUGGGCAAAAAUCCUACUAAACACUGUAGGGCCCGGUUCUCCGAAGUUUAUGUUUGAGUCUAUACGAUUAGAUGUAUUUAAACAAAGAGGGUUCGAACUAUCACUUCCAGCAGAAAACGAUGUCAAAUCCAUGACUUUCAAAGGAAAUCUAUACAAUAGUAAUGGGACAUUUCUAAUCGAUACGUGGACUGCAGAUGAUGUGCUACCACAAAAGGGACGACUAAUCUACACGAACUGUGUAUCAAAUAUUGAAAUCGGAAAUGUGUUCGAAUUCGAAAUAAACCUUAUUACAUUUGGUCAAAAAAAACGCUACAUGAGUGGACAAUUCGUUGUGUUUGAUUACAUUCCCGAUAGCAGGACUGAGUGUAGGUCAUCGAUCGAAACCCUGAGCAAGCAAGUAGGUCUUCAAUCGGUGAAAGUGGAUGUGUUUUACCCAAGUGGUUUCAAGGUGUCAAUUCCCGCAGAAAAUGAUAUAACUUCCAUGACUUUCCAUGGCAGACUCAACCAAGAAUUAGAGAAUUUUGGAGCCAGUACGUGGAUUGCAAACGAUAUACGCCCUAAAAAUGGUCAGCUAACGUUUGAAGACAAUACAUCAAACCUCAGAAUUGGAGAUGUAAUAUAUUACCGAAUAACUGUCACUGCAUUUGGACAUAGAAAACAGUACCCAGAUAGGGUACACACAGUCACGAGCUACGUUAAUAAAGUAGGACACAGCAGUAUUUGGCAGGCUCCUCCGAUGAAUGACACGAGUGCUGAAUGUGAGCCAUCGAUAACAGCGGUGAAUGGUGUUCAACAGAAGUGCGCAGAUCAUUUAAUAUUCGAUGAGCAGUUCUUAGGGAAGCGAAUCGACACCUCUAAAUGGACUCUACAAGAACGUUUUGGUGGUCAGCCUAACUUUGAAUUUGUUACAUAUUUAAGUCACCAAGAUGUGAUUUACGUCAACCGAGGCCAUCUUUCCAUAGAACCUAAACGUAUGACCGAUAUUUAUGGAGAUAAUAUUUUCGACCCCAGAUUCACUCUCAACCUUCAACCAGAUUGCACUGGAAAACUAGAGACAAUUGAUUGUAUUAGAGGAACUUCGUUUGGUAUAGUGCCUCCAGUAGCAUCAGGUCAAAUUACUACCAAAGGGUACUUCAGUUUUUUGUAUGGUUCAGUUCAAAUUAGGGCUAAGCUUCCCGAUAUUCCUUGGUCUUCAGUACAAUUCUUCCUGGAACCUUGGGAGAAUGUAUAUGGCAAACACAACUUCAGUCCUGGACAAAUGCGAGUGGCGUUCGUUACUGGUUUGGAUACAUGCACUCUUUUUGGCGGUAUUAUUUCCAAAGUUUAAAAUGGACCCCGAACUCUAUCUCUCUGUCCGUCGAUGGGGAACAAUAUUGCGAAAUAAACCUUAACCUCUUACCACGAACGAUGGACACGGCAACAUUCAAUCAACCUUUUCAUUUAACGAUUGGUCUAGGAAUUGGC